AUGGCGUGGCACGGAGUGGAUUCUUCCCCAGACAGUGAGGCUUGCCUGGUUUGGUGCUUUGAGCAUUGCCAGAAGCCGGAGCAAGACGAACUGCGCGCACAAAUGCAGAAUCUGGCAGAGAUGUUCGGAUUCAAUUUCCUAUGCUUUAAGAAGUGCAUGGGUUUCCAGAGCUGGCUACAGGGCAGAAGGGGAAGCGUACUGCUUGUCGCAGAGUGGCGCGAGGCAAAGCCCAUCAUGGAAGCCCUUGACAAGACCAUCGAACAGCCGGAUCUCAGAAUGUGCGUUGUCACAAGGUCAGAGCAGAUGAUGCGCCGUGCCUACACUUGGUCGAAGAAGCAGCUCAAGGCCGACAUCAUGCUCUCGUCCGGACUUAGGAUUCGGGAUGUCGAGCAGCUCCUUGCAAACUACCUGAAGACGGCCCCAGCUGCACCUGUGACGGUGUCACCAACUUCUCCAGUGCCGGCCCCGUUGUGUGCUUCGUCCUCGUGGCCAACGAAGUCAACGUUGACAUCACAACCGUUUCGCUGGCUGUCACUCUGA